AUGUCUUCUCUUCUCUUCUUCUUCUUCUGUUGUACAAAACAACUUGUCGUACUAGACAGGCGACAGGCGACAGGCGACAGGCGACAGGCGACAUGCUUGAGAAAGAAGGGCAAAGCUGUUGUAUUUUCACACCACAACACCACACAACACAAGUCAGAAGAAUUAGAUAGAAGAAGACAAUUGUAG